CAGACAAUCAUUGCAUUACGUCUGGUCAGGAAGUUGCACAGCAACAUAUAUCGUGAAGAUCACUUUUUCCUUUUUUUCCUCUUUUGUUUUGUACAGCAAAGCUUCAGCAGUUCCUGGCUUCAGCACAGGGGCACUUAACAGCUCGCCUCAACACUUGGGCUCAGACCAGGCCAAGGGGCAGCUAUCACUAGCAGGGCCCUGUCCUGCUUUGGCUUUGCCAAUGAAAUACGGAGAGAACCCUUUCAUACUUAAUUUAUGUGUUUUACUCAUUAAGGAGUGCAAUUUGAAACUGUGACAGCAUUACCCGGUGGAAACACUGACAGCAAGUAUAGCAUGCACCACCACUCAAGCACUGAGGAGGAAUGGGAGUGCCACACCGGUACCCAUUAAGUCCCUUAUCCGUAGUUUUGUUUGUUGCUCAAAUAUUUGCCAGGCAGCAUCUCCUGCCCCACAACCCUGCCAGCAGAGCCCCUCGCAGCAAGGCUGCGCAAUCCGCCGUAACAGCCCGUAUUCCCGUACGGCCGGCGCCGCGCGCCCGGCCCCGCGCCUUUUCCUGCACUACGGCGUUUCCGUAGCCGUGUCCUCCGCUGCCCUCGCGCGGCGCCCCCGGUCGCCAAGCGCGUUUCUACGAGGCGCCUAUAAACAACAUGGCGGCAGCGGCGACGGCUCCUCCGGCUGCCCGCGGGCUGUAGGUGGCGCGGCGGUGUAAUUUUACGGCGCCGGGGCAGCGUGUCCUGCCGCCUCCACGCCUCUCCGUCCCGCGCUGCCCCUCCUCGCCGGGCCGUGGUGAGGGCGGUAGGGCAGCGCUCCGCCCCGCCGUGCGGGGGUGUCCGGGCGUCCGGGAGCAGCUCCUUUGCUGCAUUACGGCGGAACGGCGGCGCCGAGGGUGCCGGCGGGGCUCUUCGGCGGCCGUAGGGAGAGGCGAGGGCGCGGGGUCCGGGUACCGGCAGGCGCUUGGGGGCUGCCGUGAGGGCAGCGGGGCCAUGUCGCUGCAGAGCCCGCCCGCGGCCACGGCUGCCGCCGGCCUGCCUCCCGGCGCGGAGCUGGAGCAAGAACAGGGCAGCGCGGCUCCGCCGGCGGCCGAGGAGGACGGUGAAGAUGAGGAAGAAGAGGAGGAAGAAGGGGAGAGGGAGCGAGACGAGCUGCCGGCCAUCCCGGCGGCGUGCGGCGCGGCGGCCGGGGGAUUGGAAAGAGGAGCAAAAAAUCAGUUUUCUACUUUCAGCAAUUUCAUCACAACUAUCAACCAAAAGAAAGAAGGCACCGGAAACAGAAAUUCACCCACACAGCCUGUUAUACCGACCAUCAAAAACGUGAGAGACCUACCACCUAUUUGCCUCGAUGUUAGGCAAAAACAGCGCAUCUCUAUAGAUACACUGCCCCAAGAACUCAAAGCACCGGUCCCUCCUCAACCUGCCCUUCCCAUCCGAACCAAGACUGUGAAAGACUUUCAGGAUGAUAUGGAAAAGGCAAAAUCAUCAGGAGAUUGGAAGGCCAUACAUGAGUUUUAUUCUACAACAUUUGAUUCUUUCCUGGAGAUAAAUGCUGCAUUUAAGAAAGAUGCCAAUUCUCCAUUUAAUACAACUGAAGACUCUGGAAUCAAUGCAAAAUUUGUGAAUGUUGUCUAUGAUGCCUUAUUAAAUACUCCUCAAGAUGUUCAGAAAUCAGUCCUAAAGGGAAUAAUUAAUGGUCUGCUACAAGAAUGGAAAGGACCACGGACAAAAGAUGAUCUUAGAGCAUACUGUAUACUUCUACAGAAUCCUCAAUUUAGUAACACUUCUACUUAUGUCAUCUAUGCUCACUUGCUAAGACAGAUAGCAGCCUUAACAGAAGCUGACCAUCAUUUCCUAGUGCACUGGUCUAAAAAGAUCGCACAGAGAAGAUUCAAGCAGGUAGUGGACAGGUUGCUGCAAUUUAUUUCUUUACGCCUGUUUCCUGCAAAACCUGAAGAGUUUCCACCAAUGGUAAAAUGUACCUGGUGGAUUCCAUCAGCAACCAAAGUCCUGGCUUUAUUUAAUGCUGCAAAUAGUCUGAUCAGCCCUCCUAUUAUUUCAUAUACGGAUUUCUAUAAUUCUACUCUUGAUCAUAUUGAUCUUAUGGAAGAAUAUCAUAACUGGCAAUGUUAUGGAAAUUCUCACAGGUUUUCUUUCUGUCAACACCCAUUUAUUAUCUCUAUAGCAGCAAAAAAAGUUAUUAUUCAAAGAGAUUCAGAACAACAAAUGAUAAGUAUUGCACGGCAAAGCCUUGUGGAUAAAGUCUCUCGCAGGCAGAAACCUGACAUGAAUAUGUUGUUCCUAAAUGUGAAAGUGAGGAGGACACACCUCGUUAGUGAUUCACUUGAUGAGCUAACAAGGAAGAGGGCAGAUUUGAAAAAGAAGUUGAAAGUCACGUUUGUAGGAGAAGCUGGUCUUGAUAUGGGUGGCCUGACAAAAGAGUGGUUUCUUCUUCUCAUUCGCCAGAUUUUUCACCCAGACUAUGGCAUGUUCACAUACCACAAGGACUCUCACUGCCAUUGGUUCAGCAGCUUUAAGUGCGAUAACUAUUCUGAAUUCCGACUAGUUGGAGCUCUUAUGGGCCUUGCUGUCUAUAAUAGCAUCACCUUGGAUAUUCGUUUCCCGCCUUGUUGUUACAAGAAAUUGUUGAGUCCUCCUAUUGUUCCCUGUGAUCAUAACACACUUGUGGGCAUCUGUGACAUCACAUUAGAUGACCUAUUUCAGAUCAUGCCUGAAUUAGCCCAUGGACUGAGUGAACUUCUGUCCUAUGAAGGCAAUGUUGAAGAGGAUUUUUACUCCACCUUUCAGGUUUUUCAGGAAGAAUUUGGUGUUAUAAAAUCUUACAACCUAAAGCCAAAUGGAGAUAAAAUUCCUGUCACAAAUCAAAAUAGGAAAGAGUACGUGCAACUUUAUGUUGAUUUUCUUCUGAACAAAUCAAUCUACAAACAAUUUGCAGCUUUCUAUUAUGGAUUUCAUAGCGUCUGUGCUUCGUAUGCAUUACUGCUGCUUCGUCCCGAAGAAGUUGAAAUUCUUGUGUGUGGCAGUCCUGAGCUGGAUAUGUCUGCUUUACAGCGAAGUACCCAAUAUGAGGGCUACCAGAAAACUGAUGUUACUAUACGGAUGUUGCACCAUAAACCAUUUUCUUCUCCUGCAUCUGAGCACAGAUACUUCUGGGAUGUUGUACUUGGAUUUUCUCUUGACCUUCAAAAAAAGUUACUGCAUUUUGCUACAGGAAGUGAUAGAGUACCUGUGGGAGGUAUGGCUGAUUUGAAUUUCAAGAUUUCAAAGAGUGAAACAUCCACUAAUUGGUUGCCUGUGGCCCAUACCUGUUUCAACCAGCUUUGUCUCCCUCCUUACAAGAACAAGAAAGAGUUGAAGCAGAAGUUGAUCAUUGGAAUUUCAAAUGCAGAAGGUUUUGGCCUAGAAUAAAACAAAAUACUUCAAAAACAGCAUUGUUAUGUAGCACUCACUCUCUUCUGAUCGUGCCUUUAAGCUUUUGUUGUCUUGGUACUGUGCAAGUCUUAUCCAACAUACGUAUUUUUUAAUUCAGUAUUAAGUGUGUGGUUCUCUCCUUAAAGGCAAUACAUUCACUGCUUGCUUUGUCACAGAAAGUAAUUUUCUUCAUACUAAAAACUAACCUAUUUCAUAAAAGAAACUCGAAGAAAAUUUCUAAGUUGUAUGUUGUUUCAAUUUUUUUUUCUUAAUGGCACUUUAAUUGUAAUUACUUUAUAUCAUGUGUAUUCAUCUGAGAAAUAAUAUAAGUCAUAAGCUAGUCCCAGUGAGGGUAUGUUUUCCAUUGACAUAAAUAGUAGAAAAGAUAUAACUUACAGCAUGUAGCCAUAUUUUUUCAACAGCAAAUAGGAAUUUUAGUCUUUAUAAACUGUAUGCAGUUUUAAUAUUCUGGUUUCCCUCUCAGUUGAACAGGCUGUGUAAGAAGCAUGUAAAUAAGUGCCUGUGAACAGUUUUGAUAGUCCCAUUUACUGCUAAAAAUAUUUUUUAUUAAUAACAGGUUUUAGAUGUUCUAUAUUUGGCUUUUACAAAUCAAUUGCAUCGACUGUACAGAGAAUGUUAAGAGGUACUUUAUUCACCAUGAGGGAAUCAAGGCCAAGCUACAGGUACUGAGCAACUUCUCCAUUUCAUUCUUUAAAACUGAUGGCGACUAAUCAGAUCUACUCUAGUGUCAAGCAAAGAUAUUUAAAGUAAAUUCCACAUACACUGAAAAAUUUCAGGAAAAUAAUGAAAUCUGCAACACACAGAAAGCUGAUACAUAGUCUACUUGCCAAUCACUUUGUCAGGAACUUCUGUGAAAGUGUUAAGUGAGCUACGGCAAGAGUGCAUACAGUAACAGAAGAAUGUGGAAGAUCUCUUUAGCCUGAAGGCCAGCAUUUAAAGACAAUUUGUUGUGGUUUUCACUUCACAGCUACCUUAAAACAGUUCUUGGUGCGAGUGUUCUGAAUUAGUAAGUUAGGAGUUGGAGAAGAUACUGGUUCCAAAAUGCAGGUGUAAUUGUAAGUCUAGGUUUUAUUCAUUAAAUUGAGAGAAUUUAUCAGUAUGCAGUAUAGAAACCUUCAUAAUAUGAAUAGCUACUGUGUAUUCUAUGGAUCUUUCUUUCAUUUGAUCAAGGCCCAGAUCUAUCAAAAUAUUUAGGCAUCCAAUUUGCCAGUCUUCCCAGCUGACUUCUGCUGGAAGUUGGACGCUUAAAUAGCUUGUAGUGUCUGUGCUCAAUUAUUUAUUUGUAAUAAGAGUACAUUAUUCUUCUACAAUCAACAGUUUCACAAAUUAAUCUUCCUAAUUUGUAGUUUCAGAGCUGUUGUGCAGUUUCUUCAGCAGCUAAGCGUGAAUUUUAUUUUAUUCUCUUUCCUAGAGAAGUUAUGGAUGAUUUUACAGUUUUAUUGAAGGAGAGAUAAAUAGUAUUUUAUGAUAUUUGGCACUGUUUAUUGUGCUUUACUUAAAAUUGAUAUUAAAACUUUUAUUGAUUUCAGCCUGGGACAAAGCUAGGUUAGCACAGAGAAUUUUAAAAGCAGCACUUCAAACUCAUGCAUUUUGCAUUAUUACUCUCAAAUGGGGAUUUAAAAUAAAUUUGAAUUGACAGUAUUUCACGUCAAGAAAAAAAUGAAGCAUUUGCUGCUGCACUGAAUGAUCAGGACAGAAAUUUAAAAUUGCUGGAAGCUGAACAAGAAUAUACAAACGCCCCCUCCCUUUCCCUUCUGUAUAGAACUGGGCUUACAGAAUGUUGGUUUGUGAAUAAAUAUCUAUACAGUUUGUCUGAAAAUGUGGCGAAUUAGCCAAAAUAUUUUUUUAUGGCUGAAGCCCACUUUUAAUAACUAUUUAUCUAUUAUUGUUAAAUAAAAGCUUUAUUUUAUUUUCACUGAAUUGCACUUUGCCUUGGGUUUAGUUUUAUUUAUUAAUGCUUUUUUGAUUUUACUGUGUAAUAUUACCUCAGAAUUCUAAAAAAGCUAUUGUAUUUGCAUUGGUUUUUAAAUAAGAUGGUCACUCAAUAACAUUUUAUAUAUUUCCUGAUGUUGAUAAAUUGUAAAUUUUUGUAUUUGUUAAAUGAAAGCAUUGCACUGUAUUUAUGAAACAAGCCUCUAAUCAUUUUAAAACUUCUCCUCAAUGAUUCUUUUUUUUGUUCUUUUGUUGUUUGCCUGUAAUCCAGCAACUUUUUUUUUAUUCUCCAUCAUUGUUUUGUAACAUACAAAAGAAAUCUGGUUUGUAUAAACUUGUUCAUUCCUAAGUAUCUAUUUUUAUGUAUUAAAAUUGUGCAGUCAUUAAAUCAAAUAUUUCAA